UUUUGUUGUGUCUUUUAACCUUAUAUAUUGUGGAUUCAACAGUUCAAAGCUUUAUCUGUCUCUGCUUAUUCAGAUAAAUAUCUUCAUCCCCACCCACCAUGCAACUUCCUCUCCAUAUCUUUAUAUGUGUUAAGUUUUCAGUUCUUCCUGGCAUGUGGGAUUUGCUGUAAACUUCAAUAUUUCUUUUCCAACUUGUUCCUUUAGUUUAAUAUUUUCCCUGUUCCUCACGUGGUAGGCAUAGACUGUAUUUAAGUUGGUCAAGCUUGGAUUUUGAGUCCCCAGAUUUUUGUUUGUAUAAGGUGCUUAUGAACGUAUGGUAAUUCUAGCAGAAGAAUUAAUCAAUUAAUUGCCAACUUUCUUAGGCAAGGAGUAUUCUUGAUUCCGGGCCUUGCAAUAAAGAAAUGACUAGAAGACUGCUGUUGUUGCUUUUUUGUAUGUGGGUGCGUAUGGAAGUCAUGGAGGGAGCCGGAAAAGAUGAAAAUUCUUCUUCAAUACUUCGGUCCGUGAAUAUUGGAGCUUUAUUUACUGUUGAUUCAGUUAUUGGGAGGGCUGCGGGGCCUGCAAUUGCGGCUGCAGUUGAUGAUGUUAAUUCUGAUCCAACUAUUCUUCCUGGGACAAAAUUGAACUCUGUUAUCCAUGACACGAAUUGCAGCGGAUUUCUUGGAACUGUGGAAGCUUUGCAGCUGAUGGAAAAUGAAGUGGUUGCAGCAAUUGGUCCACAAUCCUCUGGCAUAGCUCAUGUGAUCUCCCAUGUUGUCAAUGAACUCAACGUACCACUUCUGUCAUUUGCAGCAACAGAUCCCACUCUCUCUUCAAUGCAGUACCCAUAUUUCCUCCGCACAACACAGAGUGACCUUUAUCAGAUGUAUGCAGUUGCUGAUUUGAUUGAUUAUUAUGGAUGGAGGGAUGUCAUCGCUGUCUAUGUAGAUGAUGAUUAUGGAAGAAGCGGGAUUUCUGUAUUGGGUGAUGCCCUGGCAAAAAAGCGUGCCAAGAUAUCUUACAAGGCAGCCUUCACUCCUGGAGCCUCCAUAAGCACAAUUAAUGAUUUGUUAGUUAGUGCAAAUCUGAUGGAAUCUCGGAUUUUUGUUGUACAUGUCAAUCCAGAUUCUGGCUUGACAAUAUUUUCUGUUGCUAAGAGUCUUGGGAUGACAGGCAAGGGCUAUGUUUGGAUCACCACAGAUUGGCUCCCUUCUCUUUUAGAUUCAACAGAACCAGUUGACCUUGACAAAAUGAACCUCUUACAAGGUGUUGUUGCUCUUCGCCAUCACACCCCAGAUACUGAUGUUAAGAAGAAAUUCAUGUCCAGGUGGAACAACCUCAAAUACAAAGAGAGUGGUCCUGCAGGUUUUAAUUCUUAUGCACUCUACGCUUAUGAUUCUGUCUGGUUAGCUGCACGUGCUCUUGAUACUUACUUAAAUGAAGGUGGAAAUAUAUCUUUCUCUGAUGACCCAAGGUUGAAUGACACAAGUGGAAGCAGGCUGAACUUAUCGUCCCUCCGCAUUUUUGAUGGAGGGCAACGAUAUCUCCAAACUUUGAUGAGGACUAAUUUUACAGGUCUAAGUGGUGAGGUUAGAUUUGGUCCAGAUAAGAAUCUAGUUCAUCCAGCAUAUGAUGUUCUUAAUGUUGGUGGAACCGGUAUGCGCAGAAUCGGUUAUUGGUCAAAUUAUUCUGGUCUCUCAGUUGUUGCUCCAGAAAUCUUGUAUACAAAGCCUCCCAAUACUUCUACUAGUAAUCAACAUCUUUACAGUGUAAUUUGGCCUGGCGAAGUUGCGACAACACCUCAGGGAUGGGUAUUCCCUAACAAUGGACGACCAUUAAGGAUUGCUGUGCCAUACCGAGUAAGUUAUACAGAAUUUUUGGCUAAAGACAGUCACUCCCCUGGGGUGAAAGGAUACUGUAUUGAUGUCUUUGAAGCUGCUGUAAACUUGCUCCCUUAUCCUGUCCCACACACCUAUAUAUUGUAUGGAGAUGGUAAGAGGAACCCUGAUUACAAUGAUCUGGUGCAGCAAGUUGCGCUAAAUAACUAUGAUGCUGCUGUUGGUGACAUCACGAUUAUUACAAAUAGGACAAAGAUUGUGGAUUUUACACAGCCUUAUAUGGAAUCAGGUCUUGUUGUUGUUGCUCCAGUUCAAAAGGCUAAACUUAGCCCUUGGGCUUUUCUUAAACCUUUUACCAUCAAAAUGUGGUGUGUCACUGGUGGAUUCUUUCUUUUUGUGGGAGCAGUAGUGUGGAUUCUGGAGCAUCGUUUCAAUCAGGAAUUUCGUGGUUCUCCAAGUCACCAACUUAUAACUAUUUUCUGGUUUAGCUUCUCAACGAUGUUUUUCUCACACAGGGAGAACACUGUGAGCGCCUUGGGACGGCUAGUGCUGAUCAUAUGGCUGUUUGUUGUGUUGAUUAUCAAUUCAAGUUAUACAGCCAGUUUGACUUCUAUCCUGACUGUGCAGCAGCUGACAUCACGAAUUGAUGGGAUUGACACCUUGAUUUCUAGUACUGAACCAAUAGGAGUCCAAGAUGGGUCAUUUGCAUGGAACUAUCUGAUCAACGAACUCAACAUAGCAGAAUCCAGACUUGUUGUGUUAAAAAGCCAAGAAGAUUAUUCUCGUGUCCUUCAACUAGGGCCAAAAGGUGGUGGGGUAGCUGCAAUUGUUGAUGAACUUCCUUACAUUGAAUCCUUCUUGUCUCGAGCCAACUGUGUAUACCGGACAGUGGGGCAGGAGUUUACAAAAAGCGGAUGGGGAUUUGCAUUUCAAAGGGACUCUCCUCUUGCAAUCGACUUGUCAACUACCAUUCUUCAACUCUCAGAAAAUGGUGAUCUCCAAAAAAUACAUAAUAAAUGGAUGACAUAUAAUCAGUGCUCUAUUCAACUGAGCGAUGACGACGGUUCAAGUGGACAGCUUUCUCUGAAGAGCUUUUGGGGAUUGUUCCUUAUUUGUGGCAUUGCAUGCGUCCUUGCUCUUAUCAUGUUUUUCUAUAGGGUCUGUUGUCAGUAUCGCAGGUUUAGCCCGGACGGUGAGGAGAAUGUCGAGGUUGAGGAGAUUGAACCUGCCAGGCGUAGACGUACACUACGCUCAUCAAGCUUCAAGGACUUGAUUGAUUUUAUAGAUAGGAGAGAAGCUGAAAUUAAGGAGAUUCUGAAGCGGAAGAAUAGUGAUAACAAACAACAUGCUGGCCAAAGCUCUGAUGGGCAUUCCAAUGUUAAUUCACCGGCUUAGCAAAAAGUUGACAAACAACGGUUUAGUGGGUUGCUUGCAGUGCUCCUCAUUGUUAAUUUUACAGUCACAUACAAGUUCAUCUAUACUGAUUCAUUUGCUCUUACUUCAAACCCAAAGAUUAGGAUGCUAGACUGAAAGUAUUCACAUCGCUUGUAGAAAAAAAAUAAAAAAUAAAAGAAAAAGAAAAAAGAGUUAGAAAAUCUUCUCUAGUCAUCAACCAUUUUGUAUUACACAAUGAUGUUUGUAGUCCUUACAAUCAUUGAAGGAUUGGAGCUUUUUAAUAUGUAUAGUUCUUCAGUUCUACCAUACCUACAUUGGUUAAAAUGGAAUUUUUUUUUUUUCCUUUAA